CCUCCUCUUCCUCUCCCAAAUCUCUCUCUCUCUCUCUCUCUCUCUCUUGUUGAGAAGCGCAUUGAAGGCAUAAGCAGAACAUGGACAACAACCGCAAUCCUCUUCUUGGUGUUAGUUGGGCUUACUACUGCCAAGGAAAGAGUGUGGAAGAUGAGCUGAGGAGUUCACUUUGGUACACAAAGUUAGAGCUUGAACAGACAAAGGUGACAGUUCAGGAGGAGCUAAGGAAGAAAGAUGACCAACUAAUUCAACUCAAAGAUCUGCUCAGCAAAGCAGUGAGAGAAAGAGAUGAAGCACAGGAAAAAUGCCAAAGACUCCUUUUGGAGAAACUUCUUCUCCAACAACAACAGCAACAACAGCAACAGCAACAACAAACAGCUCCAGUGUCUGGAAUUUCUAGCAUUGAGGAUGAACCCAGAAGAGGGAUUGACUCCAACAAUGGCUUCUCUUCCUCAGACUGUGAAGAAAGCAUUGUUUCCUCACCAGUGAUUGACCCAAUUCAGCAAACCCAAUUGGGCCCACCACCAGCAACAGCCAUGGCGGAGCUUGAGCUUGUGUCUGAUAAGCCAUUGCCUGAGAAAGGAAAGCUUCUACAAGCUGUUAUGAAGGCUGGCCCACUUCUUCAAACUUUGCUCUUGGCUGGUCCUCUUCCUCAAUGGAGACAUCCACCACCACCACUUGAGUCCUUUGAAAUCCCACCAGUCACCAUUCCUUCACCACCACCGUCACAACAACACCAACAACAACAUCAACAAAAUUUACAAAUUAUCCAGCAAGAUUCCUUACUAAUUAACAACAUCAAUGGCAUAACCAACUGUGGAAGAAUCAACAGGAAAAGGGUUCUCUGUGAAGGGUCUGAGUAUCCCACAGAAGCCAAGUACCAAAGGAUUGUUCUCCACUGACUUUGGGGCUUCUUUUUCUUUUGUUUAAUUUUCUAUAGGAGGGGUAUAAUUAUAAUUUUAAUAUAACUAAAGAGGUUAGUGAGGAGGAUGAUUAUGAUGAAAUUUGCACUCUUGGGGUAUUUUUGUUGACUGAUUUAGCAUUUUGUACAGUGGCUUGUCCUGGUAGUGAAAAGAAGUGCCAAUUCCAAAAAUUAACUCACUGAGGAGUGGAGUAAAAACGAAAUUAAGCUUGCUUUGGGCUUUUUUCUGCAA